GCUGGGGCCUGCGUCCAUCGGUAUUGAGAUUACAAGUGGGGCCGGGGUCUAACAUUGGAAAUAACUUGCCUUUUUAGGGUUCCGUAGCCAAAUGGCAUAAAACGGAACCCUUAUAGUUUCGCCAUGUCCGUCUGUCUGUCUGUCCGAGGCUUUGCUCCGUGGUCGUUAGUGCUAGAAAGCUGAAAUUUGGCAUGGAUAUUAUAAAUCAAUAAAGCCGACAAAGUCGUACAAUAAAAUCUAAAAAAUUUUUUUUUUUUAGGGUACUUCCCCUACACGUAAAGUGGGGGUAAAAUUUAUUUUUCGCUUCAACCCUAGAGUGUGGGGUAUCGUUGGAAAGGUCUUUCAAAACUAAUAGGGGUUUUCAAGAAUUUUUUUGAUAAAGUGAAUAUAUUCGGAGAUAAUCGCUCCGAAAGAAAAAAAAAAUGUGUCCCCCCCUCUAACUUUUGAACCAUAGGUUCAAAAAAUAUGAAAAAAAUCGUGGAAGUAGAGCUUAAGAAAGACAUUAAAUGAAAACUAUAGCGGAUAUGAUCAGUUUAGCUGUUUUUGAGUUAUCGCAAAAAGUUUUCCCUUCAUAGUAAAAAGACUUACUUUAAUUAGGUACUGAUUAUGCAAAUUUGCCUAUUUGUUUAACUCGGGUGAAAGGUACCGUUUCAUCCCUUGGUUAACAAUUUACUAUACUUUAAGCUCCAGUUUAGCUUAUUGUGACGGAAGAGUAACUACGGAACCCUACACUGAGCGGGGCCCGACAUGCUCUUGGCCGGUUUUUAUUUUAUUUUAAGGUCAGCGAAUGGAAUGACGCCCGAAGAAUGUGCUCCAUAGUAUUUGAUGAGAUGAAGUUGGAGGCUGGCGUCCAUUACUCUAGAAAAAAUGAUCACAUCAACGGGUUUGUGGAAUCACCUGACAAAACCGACCACUCGGCCGACCACGCCGUAGCAUUUAUGAUUAAAGGCGCGGUUCACACGUGGCAACGACCGGUGGCGUGCUGCCUCUCCGAGGAGCCGCGCCGGGUCGCAGCUGAAGCCGUCGCCGAGGACCCGCGGCGGGCCUUCAGCCUGUCGCUCUGAUGAGGGAACAGGGGACAUCAUUUCAAAGCGCGUUUAAGAGCCUUCGAGAGGACACUAGAAGAUCACAAAUCUUAGCAGGACAGGAGACCGACGACACUAUACAUUUGAAUGGCCAACUCCUCAGUGUGGUGUAUGACCCGCCACCUCUGAUCAAAGGAGUCUGAAAUAACUUGUUGACGAAGAACAUUGUAAUGGAGGGCAAAGUCUCGAAGUGGCAGGACGGAGGCCUGGUGGACGUGGACCGCACCGACUGCAAGCCCGCCUACUGCACAAGUCAAUGACGACCACAUACUCCCGGAGAACAUUAACAAGAUGAAGGUGAAAAACUGUGUACGUGUAUUGAGUCACACCGUGGCAGGAGCUCUAUCCUACACGGCUUCAUUUUGCGAGUACGAGCAACGUUUAUUAAUAUCGUCACCGAUGCUAUCAUUUUUAAAUUAAAACAAUAACUGAAAAAAAUCAUCACUUCGCACAAUAUUUAAACUCGUGACAGAUUUGUCUAAUAUAUGUUUACCAAAUAUGAAAGGAAAUUUCUUACCUAAGCUCCAAAUUGGUACAUCAAAUUUUGAAACAAUUUCCAACAUUACAAGAGGUCGUAAUGAAAGUUUACAACAUGGCGGUCGUACCGGCCGGCUCUAAAAUAAAUGUAUCUCAAAAAGAAGUCGCGGAACAGUUUGCUAACGAUAUUUAUAACAUUUAUCAGCGCCCUGCAGCUGGCGGCUCCUCGACGACUGCCACGCGCGGAGCUGGCGGCUCCUCGACGACUGCCACGCGCGGAGCUGGCGGCUCCUCGACGACUGCCACGCGCGGAGCUGGCGGCUCCUCGACGACUGCCACGCGCGGAGCUGGCGGCUCCUCGACGACUGCCACGCGCGGAGCUGGCGGCUCCUCGACGACUGCCACGCGCGGAGCUGGCGGCUCCUCGACGACUGCCACGCGCGGAGCUGGCGGCUCCUCGACGACUGCCACGCGCGGAGCUGGCGGCUCCUCGACGACUGCCACGCGCGGAGCUGGCGGCUCCUCGACGACUGCCACGCGCGGAGCUGGCGGCUCCUCGACGACUGCCACGCGCGGAGCUGGCGGCUCCUCGACGACUGCCACGCGCGGAGCUGGCGGCUCCUCGACGACUGCCACGCGCGGAGCUGGCGGCUCCUCGACGACUGCCACGCGCGGAGCUGGCGGCUCCUCGACGACUGCCACGCGCGGAACUGGCGGCUCCUCGACGACUGCCACGCGCGGAACUGGCGGCUCCUCGACGACUGCCACGCGCGGAGCUGGCGGCUCCUCGACGACUGCGUCAGCGGUGCCGGCAGUAACAGGACUGCAGUAACCGAAAGCUCUGAGCAUCACGCUUUCUGGGCGAAGGCCAUAACAAUCAUAGAAAAUAUCAAAUUUAGCGAUCAUAAUGGCAAAUUGACCACAGUCCCGAGUUUAAAAAAUUGGGUAACGACGUUAAAAAGCUGCCGAAGGCUGUGGCAGGUCAUGAAAAAUAAAAACAAAAAUAAUGCGCCUGCGGUAUUUCAAUUCUGAUGCGGUUGAAAACUUUUUUGGAAGGGUGCGGACAUAUAAUGUCAGAAAUAAUGACCCGACCUGCCCCGCCUUCGAAUGUACCUUCGAGUCGUUAUUAAUUACUAACUUAAUAAAACUCCACGAAAAUACUUACAAUUGUGAAGAGGACUGUGCUGAGCGAGUUAUUAAAAGUCAAUCACUGUUUUCGCACACCGAAGAAAUCAGUGAAAUGGACGAGAAUACUGCCAUACCGGUUGAUUCUGCGCCUUCCUCUUUUUCGACCUCCAACAAUUGUGACGACGGCGCAGAACAACUUUUAGUUCAAGCCACACGGGAGCGUCUCGAUGUACACU